AACAGAACGGGGCGGGCAUUGGGACCCCGUGGCCUCCUCAGCAGCGAGGUUUCCUCCGUGUGCGCGAGUGUGAUUGAGCUCUUCCCUGCUGGACACAUUCAGAUCCCAGUAUCAGCCGGACGGGACACAUCAACGCCCUCUCUAUCCCUCUGUCUGUGGAUUUGGACUUUUUAUACUGAGCUUCAACAGGGACAACAAACUUUUCAAAUUUAUAUUACAAACAGUCCUGUUCAUUUUUUUCUCUGAUUUUUUUGGAUUCUUUUUUUUGUUUUGAUGAUCACUUUUAAUACAUGGAGAUUAUCUGACCAUGUCGUAAGUGUUUCUCAGAUGCACUUAGUUCAUAAGAAGAAUCUCCAUCAGAUUAUUGUCGGUGGAUAUAUAAAUGAAUGAGCUGUCAGAGAUGCUGGUGUCCAGGGAUUAUUGCGCGCUCAUAAUGCGGGAUCGGAAGGAAUGCGACGCGCGCUCUGGUGAAGUGGAGCGGGUUCGAACCCGAGAGCGUGUGGACGCGACUGUUGCGGGUCUGACCGAGCUGGAGUAUCUGAGGCAGAGACAGGAGCUGCUGGUCAGGGGUGUGUUGAACUGGCAGGAGGACAAACCCUGCCUUACAGUGGAGGACAGCUAUCUGAACACUGAAGAGAAACUUCUGGAGGAGAAUAUUUUAUUACUCAGAAAACAAUUGAACUGCCUUAGGAGACGAGAUGCAGGUUUGAUCAACCAGCUCCAGGAAUUAGACCGACAGAUCAGUGACCUGCGUUUGGACACAGAGACUUCGCAUGAACACGUGGAAACGGACAGCCGGCCAAGCUCAGGCUUUUACGACCUAAGUGACGGUGCUUCUGGAUCCCUCUCCAAUUCCUCCAACUCCGUCUUCAGCGAGUGUUUGUCCAGUUGUCGUUCCACCACCUGCCUGUGCACCCCCCUCGACACCUCGCUCUGUGCCUCUGAGGGAAGGCUUAAGCCUGCAGAUGAGCUGGGCAUUUGUGCAGAGUGUGAUUGCCAAUGCGAAGACUCAAGUUCUGGAACAGUCCGCAGGUCUCUUUCUGCAUCUUACUCCCCUUCCCCGGAUGGCUCCUGCGAUGGCCUUUCCAAAUUCCACUCUGAUCUCAUUGCCAAAAAUGGUAAUGAUGUUUACCGGUACCCCAGCCCUCUCCAUGCGGUGGCUGUCCAGAGUCCCAUCUACUUCCAGUCCACGACUAGUCACCUAAAGGACGAUUGUAGCUUCUCCAAGCUUGGUGAAGCAUCGAGUGAUGAACAGAAACCUGAGCAGGUCAUGGGCACCCAGAAUUCAUCUUGGCAUGCCUCUCAGAUGCUCCCAAACAAAAAACUGGAUAGUUAUAUCUUUGGGCUACUUCAGAGGAGGGCACAACCGUUGAGGACCAGCAAACCCAGAACAAGCAUCAACACUGACCCCUCCAAGAGCAUUUUGAGGCAGGCUAGUCUUUGCUCACGGGCCCCUGCUUCUGCCCAGGCCCAGCAUAGGACCUCUGACCUCAAGCCUAACUGGCAGACAUGUUUACAAGAUGCAUCAGCAACUAGCACUGAGCCAAGCACAGCUUCGCCCCAAAGACAGUGGUCUUCUGAGUCUCCAAGUCAGCCACAGAACAGUUACUCAAUCACCAAUGAUAAUAACACUAGUUGCCUCUUGAAGAAAAACGUUUUUGGAGCCAGUAAAGGCCAGCCUUUAAGUGUUGCAUCGAAGGACUGCCAGGAUUUAGGCAGCCCUAAUGCAGUUUCCUCUCCCAAACUCAACAAGCAUUCUUAUUACACUGUGGAGGACAAUAAAUCAGGACAAGCAAUGAAAGCAAGUCCUCUUAAGAGGAGUCCUAAAGCUCAGGCUCCAGGAAGUUGUGGUGAAGACGCCGAGCAGCUGGCUCCAGAGCUGCUCAGUCUCGGUUCUUCUUCGCAGAGCCAAGACGAGGGAGGUCAAAUGGUCAGUGCCCAGUACAUCGCUGCUCAGAAACAGAAUGUAAAUCUCUGUAAGGGUGGCACCAAGAACAUCAAGAUUGUCAAAGUGAAAAAUCCCACCAGUGCAAAAAGUAGACCUCAUGUGUCCAAGCAUGUUUCCGAGAUUGGUCGUGACAAGCAUCGGACAGGAUCUAGGAGGUCUCGACAAGUGGACGACGUCCACCACUUGCAUAAAUCCUACAAGAAGUCCUCCUCAAAAGCCAAGAGAAUCCCUGCCCCCAUCCCUGAAGAACGCAUCCUGGAGAAGCACACCAGUUCCACAGGGGGUCGAUCUUCUUCCCAGAGACACCAUGGACAUCACCGACAUCAUGAGGCAGUGUUGGCCAAACCCAAGUACAAGCGCAACGACUACCAUCGGCGACCCAGGGGUCUCCAUGAGAUCCCAUACGAGGAGGCUUACAGGAGGGCUCACUGCAGGCAGAAACGAGAAAUGCUGGGCCACAUGUCAGCCAUGCACCUGCCGUCUAACGCACACUACACCAGCCCCUACGCUUACGUUGGCAGUGACUCUGAAUAUUCAGCGGAGUGCGCCUCUCUCUUCCAUUCCACCAUUCUGGACACAAGUGAGGAUGAGCGCAGUAACUAUACCACCAACUGUUUUGGGGACAGCGAGUCGAGCGCUAGCGAGGCGGACUAUGUAGCUGAGAGCAGCACUAGCAGUGACUCUGAGGGCAGUGCAGGGGUCAAUUGGCCCCAGUUCAACCAGGCGGGUGCAGGAUCCCACGGAAUGACGUCGGCACAGGCUAAGGCAUUUGUCAAAAUCAAGGCUUCCCACAAUUUGAAGAAGAAGAUCUUACGUUUCCGAUCAGGCUCUUUAAAACUCAUGACCACAGUGUGAGAGACUUGAAGGACACAGAGAUCAGUUAGGAUGCAGCCAAUAAAAUUGGCUUCACUCCCUUAUCAAACAAUCAAGUGCCUAGACAGAAAUCAGCUGCACGGCCUAAAACUGCCUGUCUGUCAGCUGGGAACUCAACUUCUGUCCAGCACAACGCCUUCCCCUGCACUUUUCGCCCCUUUGAUGUCAUUGUCUGUAGCCUUUUUGUUUUGUAUUUAUUAUAAGUUCAGCUUUUGCUGUGAUGCAUCUACAUAUCAAGUACUAUGUAAAUGCACUGUUCAUACAUGGUUUACUUUACUAAAGAUAUUUAUAACUUAAUAUAUUUGGUUAGCCAUACAUGGAAAAGAACAGGAAGUAUGACUGAACUGAAGCAGUGUAUUACAGACAGUCUGUCUGAGAAAUGUUCACCAAGCCUAGUUCACCUGCUGAUCAUUAAGGGCUUUUGUUAAAUGCACAUUAAAUAUGCAUGAGCAACAGCUUUACCAUUUUCCUUAUUAGCUGUAAAUUACCCUUUUGUAAAAUAAAUGUUAAUGUAUGUCGA